AUGCCUCUCAAACUAGAAGAUGCGCAUUGCGCAGUGUGCAUGGACAACCUCUUCGACCUGCGCGACGACCUCGACGAAGUACUGCCCAUCGCGACGCCUGACUGCGGCCACGUCUUCCACGAGAAAUGCCUGCUGCAGUGGUUCAAGUUCCAAGCCGACGCGUAUGUUACGCAACUGGGAGACCAGGGCGUCACCCUGACGCAGGCCGACGCGCCCGCCGAGUGCCCCGAGUGCCGCUCAGAAUGUUACGCCGACCCCGAUACGGGCGACCCAGCAAUCCACCGCCUGUUCAUUAACUUCAACUCGGAGGGCAAGACCUUAAAUCAGGCGCCGUCGUCCCAGCAUGUUCCGUCCAGUCCAAGCGCACGGUGGAAAAGUGCGGACAAGGACAUUAUGGGCAUGGCCCGGCGUGCGCGCGGCCUCACGGCUGAAGUGGAUGCGGCAGGCGCAGAGAGCCAUGAAGAUGACUUGCGGGGGACGCUGAAGCGAGCUGAGGCUCUUCGAGCGGACGCCGUGUCCUCAAAGGCUGCUGAGGGUUUCAAGACAUACGUUGGUAGACUCAAUGUCGCGCUCCACAGACUUCAGACUCGCCUUGAAGAACACCCCCUCAUUGGCACGCUGGAGGGGCGUGUUGCCCUCCUGGAAACCCAGCUGGCCGAGGCGCAGCGCAACCACAAGCGCGCGACCGCCGACCUGGAGCGCCGGAUGCAAAUGGAGCUGGACCGCAUGAUGGUGCAGGAGCGGACGAGGGCAGAGAAGGAGAUCUCCCGCGCGGCUAAUGAGCGGGACGCGAUGCAGCGCGAGGUCGAAAAGACGCGAACUGCGCUCGCACGCGCCCGAUCGACUGCGAGCGAGCGCGAAGACGACCUUCAAGCUAAACUUGUCGAAGCGCAGAGAAUCGCCGCGCGAGAGACAGAGGAGCGACAGAUCCUGCAGAAGGAUCUUGUGGAUCGCACAAAGACGCUGAAAUUUUGGCAAGCCAAGGCGGAGAAGCGGGGACAACUGAAGAGCAAGUACGAGGCACUGCGCGUGCAAAACGAGGCACUGCGGGCUGCCGCGCGUUCCAGUCCACAGAAAACGAUGCGCACGAGCGAUGACAAUCUCCGAGUCGACUGUUACGAGGCUGGAGAGCCUGAAGAGACUCUCGAGCUCGAAGUCGAGGAGCCGACGAUCGAGAGUUUCCUCGAAGGCAUGGGCCACGAUGGGAGGAAGCGCUCAGCCACCGAGCGCGUCAUGGUCUUCGACAGCCCAUCGCCACCAAAGAAUCGCUCCACGACUCUACGCACAUUCAAUCUGGACUCCUUGUCACCGCCGCGCUCAGCGCUUUCCCGCACCCGUACGUCGACUUCCGACACAAGGACAGCCAAGCCCCGAUUUGGAGGCGCUGAGCGCGGCCUCUCUGGUAGCAAAGCUCGCUCGGGCGCGUCUUCCAAUAUCAAUCGCAGCAAAUACUUUGAGCGCUACCCCGAACCCGUGGCGAGUGGCAGCGCGCGUGACAAGGUGGAGACAGUAGCCAGCUCCCGGGAGCGGCUGGCUGGAUCGAGGGAUGGCCCGCCGAGGGCGGAGCGCCCACGUCAUCCACCAGCGGAUGCCAGGAGCGGCCGAGGCGACAUGGCCCACCAAGAGCAGAUGGCGGCGCUUAGAGAACCGCUCCCACUCAGCCACAAAUCCAGUUCCAGUUCGCGGGUGCUCGUUGACAGUUCCAGCCCGGUCCGCGCGCCCAAGCGCUCACUGGAGGCGAUUGAGGUCAUUUCCCUUAUCGAUUCCCCGCCCAAGCGCGGGCCACUCGAGACCAGGCGCUCGGAAUUGAGGACGGUGAACAGCAUGAACAGAGAGCCGGACAUUCUGAACUACCUGGGGGUCAACAGCCAUGGAGAGCAGCGUGGUGUCGCAACGGGGACGAAAGUUCGGCGUCGGGCAUAG